CGCAGCUGCUGCAAACACACCCGUUUCUCAUCAAUUGUGUUUGUGUGAAGAAACUACUUGACUAUAUAUCUAGAUCUGUCUUACCAAACAGUCUCGCUACCAAUCAUCAUGGCAUCUUCCAUUCACGUCUCGUCACACCCGUGCGUUCGCGCGAAACUCAGUCAGCUCCGAUCAGCUUCCACCAAUGCCCGCGACACGAAGACACUUGUCCACGAGAUUGCUACCAUUGUAGGAGUGGAAGCAUUGGCAAAAGGCCUCGAAGUUGAGAAUGUGGGCACCGAUAAGUCGCCUUUGGGCUACACGUACAACGCCGAGGACAUCUCACCCUCGAACAUCUCGCUCGUACCGAUCCUCCGUUCCGGCUUGAGCAUGGUCGAAGCGGUACAGAACCUCCUUCCGAACCCCGUGUCCGUUCACCAUUUAGGCAUGUACCGCGAGAAGAGCACGUUGCAGCCCGUAGAGUACUACAACAAUCUGCCAUAUCACAAAGCGGGCGAGACAUCGAGUGUGCCUCCUCUAGCUAUCAUCGUGGAUCCGAUCAUCGCUACGGGCUCGACUGUCUGCGCUGCGAUAGAGACGCUGAAGGACUGGGGCGUGCAGCGGAUCAUCUCUAUUUCGAUAUUGGCUAGCCAGACUGGUCUACAAAGAGCAGCGGAAGCUUGGCCGGAGGGUGUUGAGCUUUGGGUGGGCGGGGUGGAUGCGGAGACUGAUGAGCGUGGCAUGAUCAAGCCGGGUCUCGGUGACAUUGGGGACAGACUGUAUCUGACACUCGGAAAGUGAUUGGCAGAACAGUCUACGUGAGAAAGAGAUAAGACAAUAGACACGAAAUGGAUGAACCGGUUCGCCA